UCCAGAUAAAAUGGAAGACGAAAAGGUGGAAGAGGGAAACAAACCAAAAUUAAAUUUCAAAGAAAAAAUAAUUGUAGAUGCCGUUGCUGCCGCAUUGAAUAAGGAACGUUUUGUAGAAGAUAUUCACAGCGAGACAAACAAUUCGCAACAGAAUGAAGCGAGUGGAGACAGAGAACAGAACUAUAAUACUCUCUUGGAUUAUGUUUAUGGAGAAUUACGUAGAGGAUAUUUAUUAGAAAAUGAUGAGCAGAGAUAUGCAGAAAGAAGGGAAAAAUUUUAUAUAUUUAUGAAGAUUCCGAGAGAAAUUGAAAAGGUUAAUAUCUUCUGUUAUAUAUUAAAUUUAUUUCGAAGAAAUGACAGUAAUGAAAAAGAAAAUGUGUUACAACCAGCAGAAAUCUGUGAUUUAUUGAGAGGAAUAAUUUUGAUAACAGUCAGUUUUCUCAUGACAUAUGUUGACACGUCCAUGUUAUAUCAUAUUGUAAAAAGUCAGUCCGUCAUCAAAUUAUAUAUAUUUUUUAAUAUGUUAGAGAUUGCAGAUAAACUGUUCUCAUCUUUCGGGCAAGACAUUCUGGAUGCCCUAUUCUGGACAGCUACAGAACCUCGAGGAAGGAAGAGAGAACACAUUGGAUUAGUGCCACAUCUAAUAAUGGCUGUUUGCUAUGUCUGUAUCCCAAUUAUUAAUUUUCAGUUUGUUGAAUUGAAAAGUAUGGUAUUUAAAAAAUUUGAAAAGAAUAAUCUCUUCCACAUGUCUUGCAGUGAUGUCAGAGAACGAUUUCAUUAUAUGAUUUUACUCUUCAUUGUUAUAAUACAGACUAUGAAGGAAUAUAACUGGAAAGAAGAACAGUUUUGGGUGUUGCUGCCAGAUUGUGUGUUAGUACUGAUUGCAGAAGUGCUAGUUGAUUGGAUUAAGCAUGCUUUUAUAACAAGAUUUAAUGAAAUAUCCUAUGAAGUAUAUAGAGAUUAUACUAUCAGCUUGGCCUAUGAUUUAGCAAGCAGUAAAUUAAAAAAUGCUUUUUCGGAUCAUCUGGAUUUAUUAUCGAGGAGGAUGGGCUUCAUUCCCCUGCCUCUAGGUGCUUUGGUGUUCCGAGUGGUAAACGGCUCCGUGACAAUAUCCGGAACCAUCGGAAUCGUAUCGCUUUUCGUCCUGUAUCUGUGUUUGGUCAGUUCUAAAGUUCUGAACAAUAUCGUGCUUCUGGGAAAGGCGUGUGACUUAAUAGAAAAGCAUCGACAGGCUCAAAAAGACAAGAUUCCGCCGCCCAGGCAAUGCAACAGUCUUCCCUCUAGUCGUCAUCACAGCGUGGAAGAUUUACGGCGGGCGGUAUCGCAAACCAAGAGCACUCCCCAUUCGGCCAAUCAGAGUAUAUCUUCGAGUCUGGCGGACAUCGCGGCGCAGGCCGAGAUCAUGCGGACGGACAUGCAGCCGAACCCCAUCUUCUCCAACAGUUCCGUCAGCCUGAACAGUCUGGGCAUCAACGAGACCGUUUUCGGAGAAGAGGAGAAGGACGAAGAAAGAGACACCGCGGUUCCUCCCGACGUCAGAUGGAAAUUAGGCAGCAUCCUCAAACCUUCUAAAGACAGUAUCAAGAGAAGGGUGUCGCUGCAGGAAAAAGUUACAGUUUCCUACGAUUUAAAAUCGUGAAUUUAUCAAAAUCUACCGGAAACAAUUUAUAUGUUCUUUUUUAAAUCGACUUGGACUGUAAAUGUUUGAACUUACACUGGCUUAUGUUCUUCUUGGACGAAAAUUAAAAAUUUCCUCCUUAGUCCAUUCUGAAUAUGUUUUCUCGGAAGAAAAGUAUUCAAAAUUUAGUAAUAGAUCUACAAAUAGAAUGUUUUAACGUCUUAAGUUAUUAUAGAGAGAAUCUUAUUUAAAUCUAGUUAAUUAAUGCUACAGAAUAGACGGAAUGGAAAAAUAUCAGGAUGAUAAUUAAAUUUUAGCACGAUUACUGGCCAUAUCUGUAUCGGAAAUUUUAAAAAUUAAUCCAGUGAUGGACUGUUUGUUUUAAUCGACGAUGUAAUUGUUGGAAUUUUUCUUCUUUUCUUUGUUCUAACAACAUUUUUAUAAUUUUUAACAUCCAAUGUCAAGCUAUAUUUAUGGACACUCGAAUGUAAAAAAUUGAAUCACUAUAUUAUAUAUAUUUAUAUUGAGAUUUUGUACAUAAAAUCGAAACUAGUUUGUGUUUAAAUAAUGAUAAAUUGCCAAAUGUUUAUAUAAAAUAAAGUUUUGGUUAAGUUGUACAGUUGAAAUCUGCACGUGUUUUGUUUAAUCACGCACCCGUGGACAUUUUAUUUUGUACCGGAAAUGAAGUUUGCCCGUUUUGGAACAGAAUGUUUGUUUUAUAUGCGGCUAUUCAAUUAAACAGUGAUGUGAAAUAAAUACCUCAUUAUUAA